UGACGACAAAUUAAAGGCCGCCACUUUAAUGACCUAUCUUCCAUGUUUUUCCUCCCUGUGCAUGUGAUGGCGCCCCCACGUUUGGUUUGCAUUUUUCAUGGGCAAGGACUUCAUCCUCUUUACCAUUUUCCACGAAAGGAGCUUUCCUUGGAACCCCAGUGGAACUCGAAGAUUCCGACCUGUUUUGUAACGGUUCCAAAACACCUACAAUAAAGAAGGCAUACGUAAAGGCCAUAUUGAGUUUCUGAAAAUUUUGAAGAUCUGGCUCGUGCUGCAGUAACCCAUUCCGGUUCUAGGCUGCAGUUAUAGUCAUACUGGACAGUAUUUACUCUGAUUGUUGAUCAAGUUUUUUGUUUGCUGGUCUGGGUGAUGUUGGCAGAAGAAUUUUUUUGAACCGAUCUUGCGUAGUUUCUGUUGUAUUAUGGCGCUUCUGAGCCGGUCCGUGUUUCGAGAAGCUGAGUGUUCCAAGUGAAGGAAUUCUGGUAGAUUGGUUUUGUCGAGUUGGGUUUUUCGUUGAUUCUUAGUCGAAUGAAUUCGCGUUGGGACAUUUGCUUUGGGGAAGACUUUUUUUGGUAGUGAAUUGGGCGCUGGAAUGAUGUGGUGCUGUAUGCUUUUUGAGGAAAAAUGAGUCAUGGAUGUUGCUGAUUAGUCCGAUUGUUCAAAUUUGGUAAUGGAAGUGUAGUACUUGAUUGUCAUUGUUAAGAAAGAUUCGCAGGAAGAUGGCUUCAACAGCGCCAUCUCCGAAAUCUUCGCCUCCUGCGGAUUCACCUACUUCCCUUGUUACCUCGCCGCCACCACCUUCUUCCCCUUCUCCAUCAAAUUCUUCAACUCCACCUCCUCAGUCUCCUCCACCCCCAGUCUCUCCCGCUUCUCCUCCGUCGACACCAGCUUUACCCCCACAGGCAUCGUCACCUCCUCCAACCUCACCACCACCACCACCUACACCACCUUCCCCACCUGCUACCUCACCACUAACGCCUCCUUCAUCGCCACCUCCAGCAUCAUCCCCCCCGCUAUCUGCCCCUCCUCCAGGCGUGACUUCGCCCUCCCGUCCGGAUUUGUCCACACCACCUUCAUCAGGAAGUUCUCCUCCUCAGGCGUCCCCUACACCUCCAGCGCCACCCCCACCUCCCCUACGAGCCAUCUCACCUUCUUCAUCUCCACCUCCUCCAACCAAUGUCCCAACGCCGCCUUCUUCCAAUUCCCCACCUCCACCAGUAGCAAAGUCAACAACAAGCACUCCUCCACCAACUAUGCAUACACCUCCUCCAUCUGAAUCUGCCCCGAAUACCACAUUUGUGUCACCUCCUCCUUCAGUCCCCUCACUCUACUCACCUCCUCCGAUUUUCUCUCCUGCACCACCAAGUAAUUCCUCAUCCGGAAAUCUCGGUAAAACAUCUACAAAAACAGGUGGGUUAAGCACGGGAGGGUUUGUGGCAAUUGGUAUUGUGUUUGGGAUCCUAGUGAUUAGUCUUGCUGUGAUGGCUAUGUGGUUCUUACAUAAAUGGAUGAAAAGGAGAAAUAGAAAAAAUGUAUGCUACUCCAUGCCUUCUCCAUUUGCCUCCUCCCAGAAUUCAGAUUCAUUCUUUCUAAAGCCCUAUUCUCCAGCUCCCCUAGCAGAAAAUGACUCUGGCAGCGAUUUUUUGAAUACACCAUCAGAUCCCAGCGGUGUAAGCAAUUCAAGGUCAUGGUUCACUUAUGAAGAAUUAGUCCAGGCCACAAAUGGGUUCUCAGCACAAAAUAUUUUGGGUGAAGGUGGAUUUGGUUGUGUUUACAAAGGUGUCCUGGCAGAUGGGAAAGACGUAGCUAUUAAACAGCUAAAAAUUGGUGGUGGACAGGGUGAGCGUGAAUUUAGAGCAGAAGUCGAGAUAAUUAGCAGAAUACACCAUCGUUAUUUGGUUUCCCUGGUGGGUUACUGUAUAUCUGAGCAUCAAAGAUUACUUGUCUACGAAUAUGUCCCAAACAAUACUCUUCAUUAUCACCUCCAUGGUGAGUGCCCCAUUAUGGAUUGGGCAAUCCGAAUGAAGGUUGCUGCUGGUGCAGCCCGUGGACUAGCUUACCUACAUGAAGACUGCCAUCCCCGCAUCAUUCACAGGGAUAUUAAAUCCUCAAACAUCCUUCUUGACAACAAUUUUGAAGCUCGGGUUGCAGAUUUUGGACUUGCAAAGUUGGCAUUGGACUCAAAUACUCACGUAACCACACGUGUGAUGGGAACUUUUGGUUACAUGGCUCCAGAAUACGCAACAAGUGGCAAAUUGACCGAAAAGUCUGAUGUUUAUUCCUUUGGGGUUGUGCUUUUGGAGCUGAUUACAGGCCGCAAGCCUGUGGAUGCCUCUCAGCCAUUGGGUGAUGAGAGCCUGGUUGAAUGGGCUCGACCACUGCUUUCUCAAGCACUUGAAGAUGAAGACUUUGAGGGGUUGGUGGAUCCAAGGCUGGAAAAGAACUAUGUUGGAAAGGAAAUGUUUCGGAUGACUGAGGCAGCUGCAGCUUGUGUGCGUCAUUCAGCUGUGAGAAGGCCAAGAAUGAGUCUGGUGGUGAGAGCUUUAGAGUCUUUGGAUGAACUUUCAGAUCUCACCAAUGGAAUGAAACCUGGCCAAAGUAAACAAUUUGAUCCAGCGCAACAAUCUGCACAAAUCAGGAUGUUUCAAAGGAUGGCAUUCGGUGGUCAAGAAGACAGUUCUGAGUUCUUUGAUCGAACACAGAGUAGCUGGAGGAGUGGAGAGCAUGGCUACACAUCAUCUGCAAAUUCAUCUUAGCUCAUACCAUACUUUCAUUCUCACACAUGGAAGGAUUAAUUUUUGUCCAUCUUGGGAUGAGACCCUCAAUUACCUUGGGACUCAGGCUGUGCUACUUGUUCAAUGUAAAUCAUAUCCAUACAUAUUAUUUGUUCCAAGUUCUUUGUCCUCUCAAGUCUCGAAUAACAUGAUUUUUAUUUUUUGAGUCGGAGGGGGUCCAUGAUUUUGUAAUCUUUUUUGUUGAUUUAAUGUAACUCCUUCCUUCCUCUCA